UGCCACACAGUUCAUUCCACGAGAGACUGCCACGAACGGCGUACGUCCGCGUUGUUCCAUGUAUUUGUGCGUUCCGUCCGUACCCGCCGCCGCCGCCGCCGCCCGCGAGAGCCGUGCGUGUACAGUUAACCGCCAUCGUUGCGCGCCGCUUCCCCUCCAAACGACAAAUGACGCUCGCCGCUCAUACGCCAUCGGGGUAACAUUGUUCCAAAACGCACAUACCGAUUUUCGUACUCGAGUGUAACCGUUUUUUAUACGUUUUCUAUUUUUUUUUUUUAAAAUUCAAUUUUACCGAACCUAGGUGAUUUUUUUUGUGUCGCGCGUGUUUGUGUGUGGUGUGUGUUUGCCCGCGCCCCCGUCGUGGGUCCGAAGUCCAUUGUGAGAUAAAAUCGAGACGAGCGUGUCGGCACCGCCAUGUUUGACGUGUUCGGCUCCGUCAAGGGGCUGUUGAAGAUCGACAACAUAUGCAUAGACAACAACAUAUUCCGGUUGCACUACAAGGCGACCGUCAUCAUCCUGGUAGCGUUCUCGCUGCUGGUCACCUCCCGGCAGUACAUCGGCGACCCCAUCGACUGCAUCGUCGACGACGUACCCCUGAACGUGAUGGACACGUACUGUUGGAUAUACUCGACGUUCACCGUGCCCAACCGGGUGGCCGGCCGCAUCGGCAAGGACGUCGUCCAGCCGGGCAUAGCGUCGCAUGUGGACGGCGAGGACGAGGUCAAGUACCACAAGUACUACCAGUGGGUGUGCUUCGUGUUGUUCUUCCAGGCCAUGUUCUUCUACCUGCCGAGGUACAUGUGGAAGACGUGGGAGGGCGGCCGGAUCAAGAUGUUGGUGCUGGACCUCAACUGUCCGAUCAUCAGCGAAGAGUGCAAGACUGAUCGCAAGAAGCUGUUGAUCGACUACUUCGCCACCAACCUGCACACGCAGAACUUCUACGCCAUCCGCUUCUUCCUGUGCGAGUUCCUCAACUUUGUCAACGUCAUCGCCCAGAUAUUCUUCAUGGACUACUUCCUCGACGGCGAGUUCAGCACGUACGGCUCCGACGUGUUGCGCUUCACCGAGAUGGAACCCGAAGACCGGGCAGACCCGAUGGCCAGGGUGUUCCCGAAAGUUACCAAGUGCACAUUCCACAAAUACGGUCCGUCCGGAUCGAUCCAGAAAUUAGACGGCCUCUGCGUGUUGCCGCUGAACAUUGUCAACGAAAAGAUCUACGUGUUCCUGUGGUUCUGGUUCUUGUUUGUCGCCGUACUCAGCGGCCUCAACUUGGUGUACCGCACUGCCGUCGUAGUCAUGCCCAAGUUCCGAUUGUUGCUGUUGAGAGCCCGAUCGCGUCUGGCGCCCCAAGACGAGGUGGAGACCAUCACCAAAAAAUGCCAGAUCGGCGACUGGUUCGUCCUAUACCAGUUGGGCAAAAACAUUGACCCGUUGAUCUUUAAAGAACUCGUGUCGGACUUGGCCAAGAAAUUGGACGGUAAGGAGAGCGUGUAAAUGUGACUCGAUGAAACAACAACCAAUUGUAUUUAAGUACUCAAAUUUAAAAACCAACAAAUUGUUAGCUUAGGAAAACACGGUUCAGAGAAAAUGAAUAAGCAAUAAUUUAGACAAUUUUUUUUUUUUUUUUUAUUUCAAAAUAUGUUAUCUUACCCCUACGUCUCCUUUUUGGCACUAUUUAUUAUUAUAUAUAUAUAAAUAUAUAUAUAUUGAUUUUUUUUCUCCCUGAUUUAACUUCCGUUCUGGAGACUGUGGGUAUUGUGCGGUUUAAACGGAAAAAGAAAAUGUGUUCACGAUUAACCUAUCGCCGGAUUUUUAAAUUACUAUUGACAGUUCGAAGCCUAAUAUUCCACGAUUUAUAUGAUUUUUUUUUUUUUUUAUCAUUAUUAUUAUUAUUAUUAUUAAUUUAUUAUUAUUAUUUUUUUUUUUUUAUUUAAACAUUUAAAAUGUACAAAAGAAAAAAAAUCGUUGGUCUCAUUUUUCUGUAUAUAAAUGAAAAAGAAAAAAAAACAGAUUACUGCUCAGCCAUCUACUCCGUUCUAGGGAAGUGGCGUGUUAAGUCUUUAUUUUGUUACAUAUACUAUCGGAUGGUGUUGAAAUUUGACCAUUUUUUUUUUUUUUUUUUUGGUAAUUAUAUUAAGGCGCAGUGUGGUUUCUUCCCUAGAAACUACCCUCGAAAUUAACCGAUUAACCGUAAUUUUGUACGCUACUUUUUCAUAUAAUAUAUAAUUUACUUUUUAAGUAGGUAUGCUUACUUUUGUACAUGUGAACGAAAACGGCUCUUUUUUUUAAAUUUUUUUAUUAAAUUAUUUAAUCGGUAUUGACAGUGUAAAGGGGGCCGCUGAGAUGCAUUCGAGCACAAACCCGUUGCCGAUUAUUUAAUUUGCCACCGUUGUUUACGAUUAUACUUUAGAGCAGCUUUAGUAUUAAUAUGAAUUAUUAAUAUUACUACUUUUUACAAUUAAAAUAAUGUAGUUAUGUUUUCCCGUGUCUUCCAUUUCAUGCAAACAAUGUGUUCAGAAAAAAAUAAACAAUUAUAUCGUUAAAACAUUCCACGCGUUAUGGACUUAAUAAUAAUAAUAAUGAAUAUUAUAAGUAUAUUACGCUCGUCGAGAUUAAGAAAUUCCUAAAUUAAAUUAAUCGUAUAAAACCGAAUUUCGCACAAACUAAGUACAAUUUUUUUUUUUUUAUAAAAAUCUUGUUCUAUUCUAAAACAAUUUUGUGUAUAUAUAUUAUAUUAUAUACGUCAUUAAAAUAAAAUAAAUUAAUUUUCGGGCCUUGUGAAUGUAAUUUAUGAAAUUAAUUUCUGUAAACAUAAACAUGAAACAUAUAUGUGAUGCUAAUUAGCUGUAAUAAUUAUUAAUUUUUAGAUUUAGUUUUAAUACUGAUUUUUUUUUUUUUUUUUGUCUUAGGUAUUUAAGAUUAUAAUUAUUAUCAAUUUAUAUAUAUAUAUAGAUAUAUAUAUUAUUAUUUAAAUAUGUCAUGUACACCUAUAUAUUAUGAUGACGGUGACAAAGAAAAUUCCAUAAGUGCCUUUUUGUACUAUAUACAUAAUAUAUUAUAUUAUAUGUGUAUGUAUACAAUUUAUUAUAUUAUUUUCUUGAUGUACUCGCGCACAUAUCGACGAAUUAUUUUUUUUUAUAUAUGUAAGCUCAAAAUCAUUUUAUUCAACAUUCCAUUUUUUUAUAUACAUACAUACAUACAUAUUAAGUAACUACGUCCACUCGGUGUACGACAACGGUGUCAUGUGUGUGUGUGUGUGUGUGGUCUUAACAAGUGCACACGCGACAUUGAUGAUAAUAAUAAUAUGUCAAUUAAGCCCAAAUUGACUGCCAAUAUAAGACUAUUUAUAUUAGUAGAGAAAUAAAUAAUAUACUCUUGUUACGUUCGAGACAAUAAAAAUAAAAGAUUUUUUUUUUUUUGUAUAUGCAAGUCUGGUGUUUUUUUUUUUUAUUUCUUACGACAAACGAAUCGCAAAGAAUAGGUUUUUUGCGUACGGAGGAACAUGUGUAUCGUUACACAAAGUGGAUGGUAAAAAUAUGUUUUCCUCUUACCUGAGGUAUAUAUGUAUUUUUUUAAUAUAAAUUUUGUAUAUGUAUUUACACCUAAUAAUAAAGUGAAAAUCAACUGUUUGAUAUAA